AUAGUGAUAAAGAGGGGCAUAACUUCUUUCAUUUCUCCCCCACGCACAGCGAACAGAGGCAGGGCGUCUCCCCCACGCACAGCCAUUGGUGCGAAGCUAGACGUGGCGACGGCAUCAAUGUCGAAACCUUCGUUUCAGAUAAUUUUGGGUUCGGCGUCAACUGCUCGGCAACGGAUUCUAGCUGAGAUGGGUUAUGAAUUUAGAGUCAUGACUGCAGAUAUUGAUGAGAGAAGUAUAAGGAAAGAUAAGCCGGAAGAAUUAGUGAUGGCUCUAGCUGAAGCUAAGGCAGAUGCCAUCAUAGCAAGACUUCUGAACACAGGUCAACUGCAGAAAGAUACUGAUAUGACCUUGUUGAUUACUGCAGAUACGGUGGUGGUAUAUAAAGGAGUGGUGAGAGAGAAACCGACCACCAUCUCUGAUAUUCAUCUAGCAUUGAGUUUGCUGUUGCUUGCAGGCUAUUCUGGUGGUCACGCUGCAGUUGUAGGAUCUAUACUUGUAACCAAUCUCAAUACAGGUUCAAGAAGGGUCACUUGGGAGAGAGCAGAGGUAUAUUUCCAUGAGAUACCCGACGAAAUUGUCGAUAGCUUGAUCGAGGAAGGAAUAACUUUCAAAGUGGCUGGAGGUCUGAUGCUGGAACAUCCAUUAACAUUGCCGUUUGUUGAAGCAGUGAUCGGAAAUACGGAUACUGUCAUGGGGCUUCCAAGUGCUCUUACCCAGCAAUUCAUUGAUGAAGUCUUGCAACCUCUGAAGGCCUAACUCACUUUGGAUUAGGAAUUCGGAUAAUGAGAGAUUAGGACCCAAUUUUUAUUAGUAGAAUUUGAGUAAAAAGUGAUGUUUGGAAGUGGAUGAGUUUCUAAUUAAAGAACUCAAAAGUUUGUUCCCCUUUUUGUUUCCAUGAAAGUUAUCGGAAUAAAAAAAACAUUUAUAACGUUCGGGUUAAGUAGCAC